UUUGAAAUCGAAAUGAUUGAUAGCUUACAUAAGCUCGCAAAAUAUCGUUAUGAAUGUGGUAAUUAUUCAGUGUCUACAUCUUAUCUAUACUUCUGUAUGUUGGUAUUGCCUCCCAAUGAUAAAAAUUACUUGAGUGCCCUGUGGGGUAAAUUCGCUUCAGAAAUACUGGUUCAGAAUUGGGAUUCCGCAUUAGAAGACCUGAAUAAAUUAAGGGAAUACAUCGACUCUAGCCCGAAUCAGUUUGGAGGUAACAGUUUGCAAUUACUUCAGCAAAGAACGUGGUUAAUCCACUGGUCGCUAUUUGUUUUCUUUAAUCAUGCCAUGGGAAGAGAUUUAAUUAUUGAAAUGUUUUUAUACCGCCCGCAUUACCUUAAUGCCAUUCAAACUAUGUGUCCUCAUAUUCUGCGUUAUUUGGCAACUGCAGUAAUUAUAAAUCGUGGACGAAGAUCAGCUCUUAAAGAUUUAGUGAAAGUUAUUCAGCAAGAGAGUUACACUUACAGAGAUCCGAUUACGGAAUUCCUGGAGCAUCUGUAUGUAAACUUUGAUUUCGAUGGAGCUCGACAAAAAUUGCACGAGUGCCAAACUGUUUUAUUCAACGAUUUCUUCCUUAUAUCAUGUUUAGACGAAUUUGUAGAAAAUGCUCGUCUAAUGAUUUUUGAAACUUUCUGUCGUAUUCACCAGUGCAUCAGUAUUGGUAUGCUUGCUGAGAAGCUUAAUAUGAAUCCCGACGAAGCUGAAUGCUGGAUAGUAAAUCUAAUUAGAAAUGCCAGAUUAGAUGCUAAAAUUGAUUCCAAACUGGGACAUGUAGUGAUGGGAGCUCAACCUCUUUCACCUUAUCAACAAUUAAUUGAAAAAAUUGACUCAUUAUCUGUAAGAUCAGAAACGUUAUGUGGACUCAUAGAUAGGAAACUUAAGGCAAGGACGGACGUAAGUUUGUUACUUAUUAUACAGGGUGUUUCAUAA